GUCUCCAUAAGAGACCAGACAUACUGAGCCUACAGACAGACAACACAGAGGGAUCCGCUGGGUGCAGGAAUCCAUACAUUUGGAUAUAGACACAAGCUGCAUUCAGACAUGGGUAUGUAUGGUUCCAAGCCUCAGAAACAAGCACAGGUCCUGAUGCUGGGCCUGGACGGAUCAGGGAAGACCACCUUGCUCUACAAGCUGAAGUACAAUGAGAGCGUGGUGACGGUGCCAACUGUUGGCUUCAACGUGGAGACGCUGGAGACAGACAGGAGCAGUCCGGGGCUUACAGUGUGGGAUGUGGGUGGUCAGAGGAAGAUGAGGCCCCACUGGAAGCAUCACUAUACUGACACAGCCGGAGUUGUGUUUGUGGUGGACAGCUCGGACCAGAAUCGGCUGGACGAGGCUUGCAAGGAACUCCAUCGGGUCCUGAGGUACGAGAGUCUCAGAGGAGUUCCUCUCGUGGUCCUCGCAAACAAACAGGACCUUCGGGGAGCUUUAAGUCCAGAAGAGCUUUGCCUGAGACUGGAUUUGAGAAGCGUGUGUGAGGGCAGGGCCUGGUUCAUCCAGCCCUGUUCAGCCACCACCGGCAUGGGACUAGAGGAAGGUUUCAGGAGGAUUGUCUAUCUGAUGAAGACUCCACUGAAACAGACUCAAGAGGACAUUAAGGUUAAGAUGAAGGCUAAGGGCUUCAGUAUCACAGCUUUUCACUGUGGUUGAUACAUGGUGGAGGAGAAUCUUGGUUCCUUCAUACUAUAAUUCCUUCUGGCCUGCCUGCGUACCUUGCUGUAUGAUCUAUGAGAUCAAAUGAGAGGAGGCGGUAAUAGUGGAUGACAUUAACUCAGUGUUUAGCGCUCUUUGUAGCAGAAAGUACUUUUAUGGAAUCAUGGAGAAGAUAAAGUGUCUUUGGACCAUGAAAAAAGUCCAUGAAGACGCAGAGAGCACUCUUGGGCUAUCAGGAUGUUUUUGAGGGAACAUUCAGUGUAUCACACACUGUCAUGAUCAGCUUGCUUGAAUGCGAACAUGCAAAACUGGCAAAUAAAAAAAACUAGUGUUUGUUUGGUCAUGUUUCUAUCACUGAAAGAAAUGUUGUUUUUCAAUCGUGCAUCAUCUGUUUUUCGUUAUUUUUUAUGUAUUUAUUUGUAUUAGUUUUCAUAUUACGGACAUUUUGUUAUGUUCUUGGUAUUUCAUAAAAACUUUAUUUAUUGAUUUGAAAUGCCAUUUGAACUUUUAUGUAUUUAUUUAAUUUAUUUAUAGGUUUAUUUAAAGGGACAGUGCACAUUAAUAACAUUUUGGUAAAUGUGCCAGACUAUUUUUCAACUAUAGUCCCUGGAAAGAUGUUACAAAGUCAGCCUAAAAAAGAAUAUAAGAUUUAAAAUUACGAAGUUAUUAAGAAGAAUGCAGAGCAAUAAUAAAAAUAACAUAGAAUAUUAAUGUUAUUUGAAAAUAUACCAUAUUGUCAUAGUGUUGUCUCACAAUAUGUUAAAAUGUGAAGAUUUCCUUUAGCAACACGGACAUGACUACUGUUAAUACUUAAUAACUUCUGUACUAGUAUAAUAUACUCAUAUUGCUACUGAUUUUAUUUGAGGUUGUAUUGUUUCAUACUUGAAAUUAAAUCAAAAUAUCACCAUUUUAAUUAUUGCAAAAUUGAACACAUAAAGUAGGAUAUGGCAUAGAAAAUUCCUCGUUUACCUCAUUUGAAAAUGAAACCCAACAACACAUUGAAACAAGUCAAACUGUCAAUCCACAUUCUGUUUUGAAAAUGUGUUUGUUUAAUGCACAUGUUAGCGCUGUUUUUGUAUUGUUUUGUCUAUUUCUUGCACUGAAAUAAAGUUGAUAAAAAUAUCUGGAAA